AUGGAUGGCAUGAUUCCAUCAUGUUCAACCACAGAUGUUGUUGUAGAAAAUGCUGAGGCACGGUAUAGGAAUCUAAGCUUUUGUUUUGACGGACCUUGUGACACUGGCAGUGAAGUUAGUAUAGAUGAGUAUGAUAAUGGUGAUCAAACUUCAAAUGCCUUAACAUUCAUUGAACCUGACCAUACAUCUGUGAAGGCACACAAUGGUCAAGCCACACAUAGCCAAGGUGAUCAAACUUCAAAUACCUUAACAUUCAUUGAACCUGACCAUACAUCUAUGAAGGCGCACAAUGGUAAAGCCACACAAGUUGCAGGAUACGUUGAUAUAGGGGAUCCUACAUUUAAACGCCAAAGAUGUGGUGCACUAAUGUGGUUCAAUGAGAAAGUUGGAUCAAACAAGUAUGCUAGAAACCCAUCAUUCUCAAUGUGCUGUCUUAAAGGAAAAGUUCAGCUUCCUCCUCUAGCACCUCCUCCAGAUCAGUUUGUAAGAUUAUUUUUUGAUAAGAAGACACCAUCUUCAAGAAACUUCCUCACAAACAUAAGAACUUAUAACAAUAUGUUCUCCUUUACUUCUAUGGGUGGUAAAAUUGAUUACUCAAAGAACUCUGGUGGUGGUCCCUAUUCAUUUGUUUUGUCUGGCAUUAACUACCAUAGGAUUGGAAGUUUAUUACCUCCUAAAGGAUCAAAGCCUGUUUACUCCCAACUGUACAUAUAUGAUACUGACAAUGAAGUAUGCAACCGUAUAUCUGCUAUAAGUAUCAUUAACAUUGAUAAUAAUAUUGUUGAUCAUAUCAAGAAAACCCUUGAUGAUGCCAACCAUUUUGUAAAACAAUAUCGAGCAGCAUCAUCAAUGAUCAAGAAUGACCAAAACACUGAUGUGAAAAUUUGUUUAAUCAGUACAAGAACGAAGGAUGGGCAAAAUUACAAUUUGCCGUCUACUUCAGAGGUUGCUGCUUUAAUUAUUGGUGACAUUGAUAUGAAUUUCGGUAGAAGAGAUGUUAUAGUUCACAAGUUGUCAGGCUUGCCACAAUGUAUUGAUGAAUUGCAUCCUUCCUAUCUUCCACUCCAAUACCCAAUAUUAUUUCCUAGAGGUGAGGAUGGUUAUCGUGACAAUAUAGAACAUCGUGAAGAGACUCUUUCUAAUACUAAGAAGAAAAAGCGGGUUAGUAUUAGAGAGUAUUUUGCAUAUAGGUUGAUGAUGAGGGAAAAUGAGAUGUCAACCAUACUUCAUGCAGAGAAGUUAUUCCAGCAAUUCAUAGUUGAUGGUUAUACCAUGAUAGAAGCUCAAAGGUUAUUAUGGGUCAAAAUGCACCAGAAGGAACUUAGGGCAGAUUUGUAUCAGGGAUUGACAGAUGCGCUAUUAACUGGAGAAAGAAGUGCAUCGUCCACAGGGAAGCGUAUAAUUCUUCCAUCUUCCUUCACUGGAGGGGCACGAUAUAUGGUUGGCAACUAUAAAGAUGCAAUGGCUAUUUGUAGAUGGGCAGGUUACCCGAGUAUUUUCAUUACAUUUACAUGUAAUCUAGCUUGGCAAGAGGUCACACGAUUGAUGGAAAAUGAAUCAUUAUCUAGUGCUAACAAGCCGGAGAUACUGUGUAGGGUUUUCCAUAUAAAGCUUAAGGCUCUAAUGGAUACAAUCAAGAAGAAGAAGAUAUUUGGUACUGUUAUUGCAGGUGAGUCAAAUUUUUGUUCUCUUCUUAUGAUAAUGUCAAGAUACUUUAAUGAUCUAUUGCUUAUUGCUUACUCAUUUAUUAUUCAUGCAACGUUCAUACGAUUGAAUUCCAAAAAGAGGACUUCCACAUGCACACAUUUUGUUGUUCUAGAUCAACGUGAUCAACCUAAAUAUCCGGAGGAUGUGGAUAGGGUAAUCUCUGCAGAAAUACCUAACUUGGAUGAAGAACCACAGUUGUAUGACUUAGUUAAGAGGUUCAUGAUACAUGGCCCAUGUGGUCGUUCAAACCCUAAGUCCCCUUGCAUGAAGGAUAAUAAGUACAGUAAGUAUUUCUCCAAGAACUUUGUGGAACAAACUAUUGUUGAUGAUGAUAGAUAUCCUACAUAUAGGAGGAGAGAUGAUGGGAGGACAAUUGAAGUCAAAGGCAUUCCUCUGGAUAACCGGUUUAUUGUGCCUUAUAACCCCACAUUGUUAACUAUGUUUGAAGCUCAUAUUAAUGUUGAGAAGUGUAACCAGUCAUCUGCAAUCAAGUACUUAUUCAAGUAUAUUAGUAAGGGAAAUGAUAGAGUUGUGGCAUCUAUUUAUGAGAGCGCUGGGGACGGAUCUUCAGGCAGGCCGAUUGAUGAGAUUCAACAGUAUUACAACUUUAGGUAUAUCUCAGCUUGUGAGGCAGCUUGGCACAUAUUUGCCUUUGAUAUACACCACAGGUAUCCGGUUGUUGAAAGGUUAAGCUUCCAUUUACCUAACCAACAAUGUGUUGUUUAUUCUAAUGCUGAUGAUAUUGAGGACCUACUUAAUAAGCGCCGUGUUUGUGAGUCAAUGUUCCUUGCUUGGAUGAAAAUGAAUCAUGAUAAUGAUUUAGCUAAAACUCUUACUUAUUCUGAGUUUCCACAAUAUUUUGUCUACCAAAGAAGCAAACGAUGUUGGAAAAUUAGACAGAAGGGAUUUACCAUAGGAAGGAUUACUCAUGUGUCUCCUUCAUCUGGUGAACUUUACUAUCUACGAAUCCUCUUAACUAAGGUUAGAGGUCCUUCAUCAUUUGAAGAGAUUAGAACAGUGGAUGGUGUUGUGCAUUCCACUUUUAGAGCUGCGUGCUUUGCUCUUGGAUUAUUACACGAUGAUAGUGAAUACAUAAAUGCCAUUAAGGAGGCGUCAGUUUGGGCAUCUGGGAGAUCAUUACGAAAGAUGUUUGUUAGCAUGCUUCUUUGGGUACAUAUAUCUAUAAGUGAGAAGGAAGAAGCUACCUUGAAAGAAAUCGAAUCAUUGUUGCAAGAGAAUGGGAAGACCUUGAAUGACUUUCCUAUGCUUCCAAAACCAGCAUCAUUUAGUCCACUUGAUAUCAGCAAUCAUCUCAUUUUGCAAGAGCUUGGUUAUGACCAAACAUCCAUGAAAGAAGAAUCGAACACUUUGAUCAACUCAUUAAAUUCAGAGCAGAAACAUAUUUUUGACUCUAUCAUAUCCUCUUUGAAUUCAAAUAUUGGUUCAUUCUUCUUUGUCUAUGGUUAUGGCGGAACAGGGAAGACAUUUCUGUGGAAUGCUUUGGCCUCUACUCUUCGAGCUAGAGGCGAUAUUGUUAUUAUUGUUGCCUCUAGUGGCAUCACUGCCACAUUAUUACCAUUUGGAAGGAUGACACAUUCCAGGUUUGCGAUCGCUAUACAAGUUAAUGAAGACUCUGUUUGCAAUAUCACACAAAAUUCUGCCUUAGCUAAUUUGAUUGUACAGACUGAGUUAAUUAUAUGGGAUGAGGCUCUCAUGGUGCAACGUUAUUGCAUCGAAGCAUUUGAUCGUACAUUGAGAGAUAUUAUGCAUGCUAAUUUCCCAUUCGGUGGGAAGUCAAUUGUGAUGGGUGGUGACUUCCGUCAAAUACUCCCUGUCAUACCUAAAGGUUCCAGAGCUGACAUAGUAAAUGCAUGCGUGACUUCUUCAUAUCUUUGGGACUAUUGCACCAUUUUUACGUUGACGAAAAGCAUGCGCUUAUCAUCUGUUUCUUCCAUCGAAGAACAAAAGGACUUGCAAAAUUUCUCAAAGUGGCUUUUAGAUGUGGGAGAUGGUAAUCUUGGUAUGCCUCACGAUGGCAUAGCUAAAAUUGAAAUCCCUGAUGAUCUUUUAAUCACUAAUUAUGAUGAUCCUGUUAGUGCCAUUGUAUCUGCCACUUACCCUGAUCUUUUGCAGAAUUUAUCAAGUUUUGAUUAUUUCAAUGACAGGGCUAUCCUUGCACCCACAAUUGAGGUUGUAAACCAAGUAAAUGAUUAUAUGUGUUCUCUUUUGCCUGGCGAACAUGUUGAGUACUUGAGUUGUGAUUUUGUUUGCAAAUCAUUCAACAAUAAUGAUUGCUUUAAAGAUUUGUACACGAUUGACUUCUUAAACACUAUCAAUAGUUCUGGAAUGCCAUUGCAUAAAUUGUCCUUGAAAGUAGGAACACCGGUGAUGCUGCUUAGAAACAUUGACCAAGCAUCAGGGCUGUGUAAUGGAACUAGGUUGCGUGUAACAAAACUUGGCAAGACUGUCAUUAAAGCAGUAACAUUGAAUGGUUCUAAACCCAACCAGAAAGUGUUGAUCCAUCGCAUGGAUAUGAAUCCCUCUGAAAGUCAUUUGCCUUUUCGAAUGACAAGGAGACAGUUCCCAAUCACUUUGUCAUUUGCAAUGACAAUAAAUAAGAGUCAAGGGCAAUCGUUACGUUAUGUGGGAUUAUAUCUACCAAAACCUGUAUUCUCACAUGGUCAGUUAUACGUUGCCCUAUCCAGGGUUAGGAGCAUGGGUGAUCUGAAGAUUCUUGUACACAAUGAUGUUUCUAGUGCGAGUAACUUCACUACGAAUGUAGUCUUCAGGGAGGUUUUUCGAAAUGUGGAUCCAAGCAUACAGAUUUAA